AAUGAACCAAAUCGUGAAAUCUGAGACAUUCUUUAAACCACUGUGAUUGUCUUUAGCUUUUAAGUUUUAAAAAACUGUAUUUUGUCAUAAAUUUAGUGUCGAUGGACUCAUUUGAGUGAAAAAUGUAGUAUUAAAUUUAUUUGAAAGUUGAAAGUUGAAAGUUCUUCAUCUCCGACUCGUAUUUUGUUUCACGAAGGACGACCACAAACCGCAGAAAAGGUCGUUCUGGAAAUCCAAGAUGGCAGCCCGGAUAGCAAACUUUACACAAAGCAAUAUUUUGAUAAAAUGUACAAAUAAUAUUCUUCGUCGAAACGCGAUUUUUAAGGAGGGAGCCCAGGCUGGGUCGUGCAACCGUUGCCUACGUUUUCAAAGUCAAACAGCGUCAAGGUAUAAAGGGGAAAAGAGGAGCACAGACAAGCCUCGGAAGAGAAAGAUUUUACGGAAAAUCAAAGCUGAGAUAUGUUCGCAAAAUAUGGCCAACCCUGACAUGGAGAAAGCCGCAAGAUCACGGAAACUUCUGAUACCUUUGGAUGAAGUGAUGAAAGGAUGGGCUCUUAAACAAUACCCACUUCAAGUCAAAACAAUGGCUUCAUAUCUCGGGGUUUUUGACCAUAUGUUUGAUGGUAGAAGCUUCACUCCUUUCGUAGCGAUGAAUGUGGACUUUCCAGAUGGUAGUUCGGUGCAUUGUGGUAAUUUUCUAUCACCAGCACAGACAUCUUGCGAACCAAAAGUGUCAUUUCACACUGAAGAUGACUCUCUGACCACAUUAUUGAUGGUGAAUUUAGAUGGUAAUAUCUUGUCAAGAAAUGAUGAAAUACUACACUGGAUGGUCGGUAAUAUUCCAAACGGAGAUUUAACUCAGGGGGAGUCAGUCUGUCAGUAUCUUCCACCAUGCCCUGUUAAAGGAACUGGUUAUCACAGAAUUGUGUUUUGUCUUCUGAAGCAAACAACACGCUAUGAUUACGAGGCUAUUCACACAAGACAUAGCACAAGAUGUCUCGUCAGCAGAUCGUUUAAAACAUCGACGUUUUUGGACAAUUUUCAACUUGUUCCUCAGGCACUUUCCUUCUUUCAAGCAACCUGGGACAUGUCCGUAUCAAAUCAUUUCACAGAAAUCUUGGGUAUAAAAGAACCCGUGUAUGACCUCGAACCAUUCUUGACACCAAACCAAAGAAAACGUUCACAAGUUAGAGAGAUAUUCGCAAAAAAAUACACAAAUAUGUAA